CCUCCUGUGGCCAUAGUAACAACUACAUUGUUGCUAUAGGAAUGAGUAUGACAUCAAAUGAGAUGCAGUCUUCUGGCUUGUAAGAGGAGUUGGGCAGUCAAAAAUGCUAUGUGUACAUCAGCGCUGACCUGCAGUUUGGUGCAUGGAUGACGAGAACAACAAUCAGAAGGAAUGGCUGGUCCAAGGAAGCGCAGAUGUAUCAGGGGAGUGCGCAGUACCUGUGGCGGGAAUGGCGUGAAGAGGAGGCGGAGGAGACGGAAACGUGCGUUCUUUCACACCAAGUUUCCAGAUGCUUGCACUGGUUGCUCAGAAGAUGGAUCACUUCACGCAGGCUGUAGGAUGAAUUUCCAUAGGGGUAAACAUCAGAAAGGAAUGAAACCUUCACGGAUGCACAGCAAGCCAGAGGCUGUAGAUUUCAGAGGUGUUUUCCAUAUAGAAGCUCCACAACUAGUUCUUACACCUGGAAACACAGUCCAGCCGGCUACAGAGUCCGACAGUGACAUUUACAUGGAACAAGAAACUGAUUUUCAGACACCAAUAGAAAUAAUUGAUGCUCAGAAAAUGAAGGAUUCUGUUAAAAGCCCAGACCACAUAGAAAGACUGGCACGUAAAUACAUGCAGAAGUGUGUAGUGGAGUCGAGUACGGAGUCCGAGUCUGAGUCCAGCGCGGAGGUCAUGCCUAGCCCACUCGCUGCAAGACUCAAGAAAUCAAGGGACUCCGGGGGACUGCAAUUUCUAGAUCCUUAUGACGGUGAUUCAGAAGAUACAUCUAUUCACUCUGACUGUAGCUUGACUUCUUUAAACAGUAUAAGGGUUGCACCAUGGGUGAACAGUGCCCCAAAAGCAAUGGCUCUGGAGGAUGCUGAUACUUCAGAAGAUGGAGAGUCCGUCCCUAAACCUCCAGACUGGCUCUGCCCAGAAACAAAAGUCAGUGGCAUUCAGACAGUAAAUGACUGUAAAGACCCUCUGGAACUUCCCAGCCAAGAGAGGGAUUUCCCGAGAAGCCUUUUGCAAUCAUCUGAGCUGACCAGAGCCACAGAAGCAUUUACCUCCAUGUGGGUGACACCAGACCAUUCCUUACUGCUGAGUGUUAACCCUUCAGCCUCUGCGGGUCUCCUGGCAAACCCUGGUGACAGUGCUCCACAACCCACACCAGCAGCUGACUGUGAUGGCACAUCGGCCAAACAGCCCCUAAUUAAAAGAAAACGAGGGAUGUCCAUUCCAGAGGGUGCUAGUGAAAAGCUAAGAAGAAAGAAGUCCCGUGCAACUUGAUCCAAUGUAUGAAUAAAUCACUGGAUAAACUGCUCUGAGGAAUGAACCUGGUAGGGAUUUCUUUUGCAGAUGGUACCUGAACUGAACAAGCAUUAAACAAACCUGUUACAAAUGCAGCUGCACUGUGCACUGCAGGCUUUGGUCUCCACCUGAAAUACAAAAUCAACUAAAUAAGCUUGUGCAGCGGUUUAAGUGAAGACUAGCUAAGGCAAGCCCACAGAAUCACAGCUAAGAUUUGUG